AAUCAAACGAUCAGUCACAAUCACAAACAGAUCAUUAGUGAUUAGUAUGUAAUGUAAAAGGCUGAUCAUGAUACCCUCUCAAACCAAUUACAAAUGUUUUCAUUAACAUGUAAUCUGUUAUGUGUAAUCUACAAAUUAAUAACUACCAUUGAUUAUGAAAUAACUCAGUUUUUCGUUGUACACGCGUGUGUUUCUCAUUAAACUGUACCUACAUAAUAAAGCUGACCCGAGAUCAGCGGCGUCUAGCGGAGAACCGUCGUCGACAUUUCAAAGCAGUGAUGAAGAAGACUCGUUUGCUGAAACCACGUGACUUGGUCAGUUUGAUUCGUGAUCUGAACCACUGAUUCAAAGCAAAAGAUUCUUCUUAAACGUUUCGAAGCUUCAUUGAGAUCAUACAAACACAAACGCUAGGCUUGUUUUAAACCAAAUACAUUCGUGUGUGGUUAUAUACAAAACAGACAGAAUCAAACGCGACUGAUUGAGCGAUCUAUGGAAUAAACGGGGAACAUUUCCUGGUGAUAAAGAUGGAGAAUCGUGAAAACAAUCAGACCACAGAAACACCAGAUGUGAAGACGAAAACCUGCCAGUCCUCACCUAUGCGAGAGCAGAAGAAUGAAACAGAUGGUCAGAUUGAAGUGAAAGAAGAUUUUGUCACUUGCCAUGAAUGUGGGAUGGAUUUUUUUGAUCAAGCAAGUCUUGAGCAGCACACGAGAAUUCACACAGAAGAGAAACUGUUCGUCUGUCCACAGUGUGGAAAGAGUUUCCCAGUGCAACACAGGCUCGAGGCUCAUUUAAGGAUUCACACUGGAGAGAAACCAUUCAGUUGCACAGAGUGUGGAAAGUGUUUCACGCAACAAGGUCAGAUUAAAAGUCACAUGAGAAGUCACACUGGAGAGAAACCUUUCACUUGCCCUCAGUGUCAAACUAGUUUCACAUCGAAACAAAGCCUUAAAAGUCACAUUAGAAUUCACACUGGAGAAAAACCUUUCACCUGCUCUGAGUGUGGAAAGAGCUUCAUAACACUAGGAUACCUUAAACGUCACAUAAAAACUCACACUGGUGAGAAGCCUUUCACCUGUCCUCAAUGUGGAAAGAGUUACAAAUUGCAAGAAAGCCUUGAGAGUCACAUAAGAGUUCACACCGGAGAGAGGCCAUUCGUCUGCCCUCAGUGUGGAAAGGGUUUCACAGCAAAACAGUGUCUUAAAAGUCACUUAAGCAUUCACAUUGGAGAGAAACCUUUCACCUGCUCCAUCUGUGGGAUGAGAUUCACACAACAUCAAAGUCUUAAACAUCACAUGUGCACUCACACAGGAGAGAAGCCUUUCAUUUGCCCUGAAUGUGGAAAGCGUUUCACAAUAAAACAACGCCUUGACAUUCACAUGAGAAUUCACUCGGGGCAGAGACCCUUUUCCUGCUCUCAGUGUAGAAAGAAUUUUACAGUAAAACUUAACCUUGCAAGACACAUGAGAGUUCACACUGGAGUGAAGCCUUUCUCGUGCCCUCAGUGUGGAAAGAGAUUCACAGUGAAACAAAGCCUCGAGAGUCACAUGACCAUUCACACUGGAAAGAAGCCUUUCACCUGCUCCGAGUGUGGAAAGGGUUUCACGAGUAAACCUAAGCUUAGCUAUCACAUGAGAAAUCACUCAGGAGAGAGGCCUUUUAUAUGUUCUAAGUGUCCAAAAAGUUUCACAGUGAAACAAAACCUUGAUAUUCACAUGAGAAUUCACUCUGGAGAGAAACCUUUUUCCUGCUCUCAGUGUGGAAAAAGUUUCACAAUGAAACAAAACCUUGACAUUCACAUGAGAAGUCACACUGAUGAGAAGCCUUUCACCUGCUCUCAAUGUGGAAAGAGUUACAAAGUGCAGCAAAGCCUUGAGAGUCACAUGAGAGUUCACACCGGAGAGAACCCUUUCGCCUGCUCCGAGUGUGGAAAGAGUUUCACAGUUAAACAAAGCCUUAUGAAUCACAUGAGAAUUCACACUGGAGAGAAACCUUUCACUUGCUCCGAGUGUGGAAAGAGUUUCACAGUCAAACAAAGCCUUAUGAAUCACUUGAAAAUUCACACUGGAGAGAGGCCUUUCACCUGCCCUCAGUGUCCGAAGAGCUUCACACAACAUAAACAUCUUAAACGUCACAUAAAAACUCACACUGGAGAGAAGCUUAUUGAUAGAGAAGGGGAAAUCUCUACUGUUACUUGUGUACAGCAUCAGUCCAAAUGA